AUGGCAGAUCAACAACAGUACUUCCUAAAGUGGAAUGACUUCCAGACGAACAUGGUGACAUCAUUCCGUCAUCUACGAAACGAGAAAAGCUUUACAGAUGUAACGCUCGCUUGCGAAGGACAGACAUGCAAAGCGCACAAGAUGGUCCUAUCGGCUUGUAGUCCAUAUUUUAAAUCCCUUCUGGAGGAAAAUCCCUCGAAACAUCCCAUCAUCAUCUUAAAAGACGUAUCCUACAACCAUUUGCAGGCGAUCCUCGAGUUUAUGUACGCCGGCGAGGUAAAUGUGUCGCAGGAGCAGCUACCGACGUUUCUAAAAACCGCCGACCGACUGAAAGUGAAGGGCCUGGCGGAAACGCCGACAAAUAUCAAGCGGGAAGGUUGA